GCGGUUAGUUGAGCUCGAGCUGUUCUCCUCUUUCAAACUGCGCCAUUCUGUCAACAUGGCGGGUACGGUGGCGAACAAGUGUCUCAGUCCUCUGGCUUUUCUCACCAGGAGGCUUUCUGCUCCGGAGUUCAUCACUCAGUGCUGCUACCACAAGAAGGUGGUGGAUCACUAUGAGAACCCCAGAAAUGUGGGCACACUGGACAAAAACUCCAAGAAAGUUGGAACCGGAUUGGUGGGUGCUCCAGCCUGUGGAGAUGUAAUGAAGCUUCAGAUUGAAGUGGAUGACAAUGGGAAGAUCGUGGAUGCCAGGUUCAAAACUUUCGGCUGCGGCUCUGCCAUCGCCUCCAGCUCUCUGGCCACAGAGUGGGUGAAAGGCAAAUCUGUGGAUGAAGCUUUGACCAUAAAGAACACUGACAUUGCCAAAGAGCUCAGUCUUCCACCUGUUAAACUUCACUGCUCCAUGCUUGCGGAGGAUGCCAUCAAGGCCGCUCUUGCUGACUAUCGUCUCAAGCAACAUGACAACCAGCAGGAGGCAGCCAGCGCCAGCAACUAAGCAGAGCACUUUCACUCUGAGCUGGACAACAUUUGCUUCCUGCUGCCAAGAAAAUAAGUAGCAACAGUCCAGCUUCACCACCUCACUUUCCUGCAGUAAUGAUGCCCAGUAUCGUCAACCCUCUGUAGCAGUGUUACACCAGGCUUUCUGUGUUAGUCUGAUCCUCCAACCUUGUAUACUGUAUCUUUUAGCCUGUCACAUUAACGCACAAUAUAAGCACUGUUUGGGGUUGUUGGUACAAAGUUGAGCCUUAUUUAUCAGAUUGAUUACAUUUGAGUGUAUUUUAAGCUUUUGUUCAUUCUGGAAGGUGUGAUGGAGGCAUUUAUUAAAGCUAAAAGCUUUACAAAGCUGCAGUGUGGGACUUUUACAUAUAUAUGAACCUCUGUUACAUUCAAAAUCCUUGUCAAACACAAUGCUGAAUAAUCUUAUGACCACUGAGUAAAUAUCUCUGUAUUCCACAGCACCAGUUUUGAUAUAUUUUACAUCAACCAGCAAUGAGUGAUUUGCCAGAGUGUGUUCUACGGCAACUAGGAGUGUUGCACAAAAAGAAGCAUCCGAGAAAAAGUUACGAUACUCCAGAUAAAAAAAGAAACUUUACAUUCAGAAGAAGGAUUACAGUCUGAACACUGGAAACACGACAGUAUUUGUGUAGUUACUCUCACUGCCAAAAGGGGGAGACAUGUUCCACACUGCAGCUUUAAUUAUCCUGCCUGCACACUAAGCACUCACCUAUUAUAUGCAAUUAAGCAAAGUGGCUUGAAACAAAGAAAGGGUCCAUUAGUUUUCAGUGUAAUUCAUUUUUACCUAUGCUUAACUGAAAGUCUGCAAUAAAAGUAUACUGAAUCAUA